CAGCUGCAAUGUCUGCCAGGUGGCCGAAGCGACAUGAGCGGGACAUUGGGCUUACCGUUGGUAUCUCUUGUGGGUUGCCUUGUGGGCAUCUUCGGGCCCGAGGUGGUGGGGCCGGCGCGGCACGAGUGCCCCUGGGGCUUCCACUGGCUCAAUCCGUACCAGAAGGACCAGUGCGUGCGCAUGGCGUACAAGCCGCGACAGCACCCGGACACAAUCCGCAAGGAGUUUGGUUGGUUUCUGCCCGAAAAAACGAGCGCGCCCAAGCCCCCGACUACGCCCCGGUAUCCAGGCGGCCAAAUGCCGUGGGAAGACGACGUGAGACCGGUGGGACCGACACCUUUUCCACUUGCACCAACCUUUAAGCCUGAUUCCGAACCCGAUAUCGGGAUCGAUACCCCUGAUGAGGAGGCAACCUCAGAACCGGAUGUGAAUGCGACAAAAACAACAGAUGGACCAGGCACGACCGCACCACCACCAGGUGGGACCACACUGCCAGCAGAGGGAGGAGGCAAGCCUCCAGAGGGAGGAGGCAAGCCUCCAGAGGGAGGAGGCAAGCCGCCAGAGGGAGGAGACAAGCCCCCAGAGGGAGGAGACAAGCCUCCAGAGGGAGGAGACAAGCCCCCAGAGGGAGGAGAUACACCUCCAGAGGGCGAAGACGCACCUGCAGAGGGGGAGGCACCUGCAGAAGGCGGAGACGCACCAGCAGAGGGGGAGGCACCUGCAGAAGGCGGAGACGCACCAGCAGAGGGGGAGGCACCUGCAGAAGGCGGAGACGCACCAGCAGAGGGUGGAGACGCACCUGCAGAGGGGGAGGCACCUGCGGAGGGUGGAGACGCACCUGCAGAGGGGGAGGCACCUGCAGAAGGUGGAGACGCACCUGCGGAGGCGGAGGCACCUGCAGAAGGCGGAGACGCACCAGCAGAAGGCGCCGGAGAAGGAAGAACCGCCCCCAAAAAAUCGCAGUCCCACCCAAAGUCCGAUCAGCGUCAAGCGAACCCAGUGCCGGCUGUGGAAUGGCACCCCUGGAGCUGGUCGAAGCCAAAGAUCGGCAAAAAGGCCCCAUCGAAAGUUGCGCCCAAGGGAAAAAUCGUAAAACCUAAGAAACCGAGGAGCCCCCCAAAGGCUCCUGGCUCAAAGAAACCAAAGACCGCCCCCAAGGCCACCACCAAGGUCGUGUCGUCGAGCACAAAGAAACCCAGGAAAGCGCCCAAGGCUCCAAGCAAGGUCAAGCCGAAACGCGAGAGCCUAAAGAUCGCCGAAGAAUUUCCGCUUUGGAGCUGGAAUUCGUAGGCGAAGGUCGUGCUGGAUCGGAAUUAGAUUAGAGCAUGGCUAAUGCCUUGAUAGCCGAAACUGUAGAUAAGAGCCCCAUUGAAACUGUA